ACUGUCACUUCUGCUUCUGUCUACAGGCAGCGUGCAAAUACUUGCGGAACCUUUGAGGGAUGCCGUGUUUCCUCCCGGACGUUCCCUUUGGUACCAUCGAGUGGUGGAUGACGGAAGUACAACCACAGCCAUUGCAGGUGUUUACUGGGUUAAAAGUUGUAUACUAUCGUUUUAAAUAUGCCUGUAUUGUCCGAUACGGAGCGUAAGGGCUGUAAAAAUAUGUUGGGUAUCAUGUCAAGGGGCGACAUACUUUCGCUUAGCGAUACAGUCACCAACAAAAUGAUUGCAGUGGAAAACAUUACAGAAGCAGUUGAGGCCAUUCUUUCAUACACCAAGGAUACGGAGGAGCUGCUAAAACGAAAAAAGGUCCACCGUGACGUUAUAUUCAAGUACCUGGCAAAGGAGGGGGUGGUGAUGCCCCCCAACAGUGAGAAACACCAGCUAGUGAAGCGGACUCUAGAGUUUUGGUCUACUGGGAAGGCAUUGGACUAUCAAACCCCAGCAGUUGAGACCAGCCUAAGUCUGAGACCAGCUGAGAGUGUCUCUGUUUCCUCUGAGGCAGGGUACAGUCCUGGUUUUGACCACCUGGCCUUGGCCAGACAGUUCUGUCAGUGGUUCUUCCAGCUUCUCAACAGUCAGAACCCCUCCCUGCACCAGCCUCCUAAGGACUGGGGACCACAACACUUCUGGGAGGAUGUCCGUCUGCGUCUCUUCUCCAGUGCUGUUGGCCAACAAAUGGAAGAAUUCCAUGGCUCUGAGCUGACUAGCCUGCGUCUCCUGGCCCUGGCGAGGGACGAGAGGCUCCUGUUGAGCCCCAACCUUGACCCUCCUGGCCUGAAGGUCCUGUCCUCCCCCCACGGCCUGGUGUUGGUGGCUGUGGCAGGGACCAUUCACAGAGAUGAUGUCUGCCUAGGAGUAUAUGAACAGGUGUUUGGCCUCAUCCGCUCACCGCUGGAACAGAACAGCUGGAAGAUCAAGUUUGUCAACCUGAAGAUCAAGGGGCAGGACGCCCUGGGAGGAGCAGAGGAGCUGGCCUCUCCUGCACUGACCUGCAGCUCCUCUGAACUACAGCUGCUCUGCAGAUGAGGGAACUGAGGUUCAUCCCAAUAGUCUAAAGGGGUUCCUCUCCUUGCUUCCUUUCCCUUAUCUGCACUUGUGAAAAACAUGGACAGGUGAAAGUAAAUUCCCAAUGUCACCAUCCACCAUAUUGUUUUCACCUAUCUUGGGUUCUCAGGUCAGUGCAGAUAAAGGAGAGAAGAAGAGAGAGACACACUUCAGAUGAUUGAAAUUCACACUUGGUGUCACUAAGAGAAGAGGACUGCUCUGUAGACCAUAAGGGAGCAGUGGUUAGAGAUAUGCCUGUGAGAAUGAAAGACAGAGUGCAUUCAAUACAUUAUGCAAGGAAUUUAAUUGUCAUGAUGGGGUAAACAUACAUUUCAUGGUCUGUUUUCCUCAAUACUAUAUAGUUAGCUAUUAUUUACUGCUGUAUCAAGAAGAAAAAUGUAACAUUUUUGCUAUUAAUACUAUAUUCCAGGAUAUGUUUAGGUUUACUCUCCAUGUAAUGGGAAAAGGUCUUGGUUGGUGUAUGAAUGGGUGGUUUUCACGAUUCUUCUGUUCUCUCAUUUGAGGCAUUUUCCCUUAAAUGACCUGUGAUCUGUGCCUUAUGUAGAAUAGUCUAUAAGCAGAAGCAUGCCUCUAUCAUCGGUAACGGUAUAUGGCUAAAACUUGUAAGUAUAUUAUAUUGUAAAUAUGUAUCAUACCAGUACUAAAAAUAAUUUAAACCUU